ACUGAAAAGCACAAAAAAAACCCCAUUCCCAUCAAUAAAGAUGAACUCAAGGAAAUAAAUAUAUAACCUUCAAGAGCAUUGAGUUUCAAAGUUUGUAUAUAAUUUAAUCAUAAUUAGUGAAACUUACAUCUUGUCUGCUCGUAGACCAAAACGUUGAACAGUGGCAGCUUUUGCGCAUGUCUCUCUAUUUCUAAUCUCUCUCUCUGCACAAAGAACAGGGUAAAGAUAAAACCGAAACAAAUCCACAUAUUAUUUGAAUCUUCACAUUCCCUAAAAACAAAGCAGAUGGAGAAAGAAAAAGAAAAAUAAACAAUAGUUGUUAAUCUCUAUGCAUUAAUAUAUGUAUUUUUGUACUUUAAAAAUAUAUCAAAAGCUUAUAAUAUAUGUUAUUGUUCACUUUUAAGGUAUUAUAUAUGCACACGGGUUCACAUUGUUUUGGGUUCAGAAGGCUCAGAAGUAAAAGUUUCAGAGAGAGACAACAAAACUUGAAAGAAUUAGCUGCAAAAAAUGGAGGAGGGCAUGUCAGGCUUUUGUAUUAAAGCUGGAAGUGUUCGUGGUAAUGGUGGUUGUGGUGGUGGUGGAAAUCGUGGUGGUACGGGGACAAAGUGUGGGCGUUGGAAUCCUACUACUGAACAGGUAAAAGUUCUGACUGACCUGUUCAGGUCUGGACUCCGCACCCCGAGCACUGACCAGAUUCAGAAGAUCUCUUCUCAGCUUAGCUUUUACGGUAAGAUCGAGAGCAAGAACGUGUUUUACUGGUUUCAAAACCAUAAAGCUAGAGAAAGACAGAAGCGUCGAAGGGUUUCCAUUGAUGAGAAAGAUUUUAUUCUUCGUGAGGAAAAAAAUUCAUAUCCAAAAGAUUAUGGAGAAAUAAAUCAGGUUUCGGAGCCUGAAAGAGUGAUUGAAACGCUUCAGCUUUUUCCAAUAAACUCAUUUGGUGAAUCAGAAUCGGAAAGGUUGAGAUUUCAUGCAAAUGAAUGCAAAGAAACAACAGCUUUCCCCUACGCAAUCGACACGGGAAUGGAUCAUCCGCCAUUGGAUCUGCGUCUAAGCUUCCUCUGAACAUAUAUAUCUUUUAGAUCUUAGUACACCGAAAAAAAGAAAAAAAAAAAAAAAAAGAAAAAAAGGAAAAAAUUUUUACAAAUUUGAUAGUUGGGGCUAUGGUUGUCAAGGGAAAUAGAAGGGUUGGGAGGAUAAAAAGUUUGAAACUUGUAGCUGAAAAAUUUUAGUAGUGAAAGAUUUUAAUUUAGUUUCAUGCAUCAAUAUAUUUAAUUAUUAAAAUAAUAUUGAAAUGCUUUGGA